AUGCCGGGCAUAAUUUCAGAUGAUGGGGCAGCUCGCAAGCGGAAGAGAGCUGCCGCCAACGGUGCAGUGGCAGUGACCAAGGCACGAAAAGCACCCAAGACCACAUAUACGGACGAUACGCAGUCGCAAAUCCUGUCACUCGAGGAACAGAUUCUGGAAUCGCCUGAGCACUACGACAAUAUUUCGAAACUCCUCAAACUCGUGGAGAGCGUAGAGAAGAAACCAAAAACAGCAUCAAUCGCUGCUGUGGCUCUAUGUCGAACAUUCUGCCGCCUCAUCGCCGGAGAGAAGUUGUCAAAGAGAAGCAACGAGGAUGCUGACACUGCACAAUGGCUUCGAGGACAACUUCGCGAAUACGUUGCUACAGUCUCCAGCUGGAUAGGGAGCCCAGAUGCGUCGAUUGAAAGCACAGCACUUACUCUGUGCAUGCGAAUCGUGAAGGAAGAGGCGUCUGAAGUGGGAAAGAAUGCUGAGCAAGUUUGGCGGGCCAGCAACUCGAAUUUUGUGACGCUCGUGAAAGCACUGUUGAAGGAGACGGAUGCGGAAGCCGCGCGACAAGAGUUUGUGGACAAAUACGUGGAGGAGAACGACGACGUACGGUUCUACACGUUUGCGGCCGUCAAGCAAUGCCUGCAUGAAAGCGCAACUCGAGAGGAUAUUGUGGGCAAUGCGAUUGAGCUUUUGGUACAGCUGGAAAAUGUUCCAGAGAGCGAACAGGAGCUCGACAACUGGUUCGCCGAAGCACCGGAUGCCGGAAAACAUCAACUGCGGUCGUUGAAUGCCCAUCGGAAGAUAGCGCGAGAGGCGUGGCUGGCCAUCUUCCGCUCGCCUCUUGCUGCCGAACAGAGGAAGACAAUCCUCAGUGUCACAACGGCGCAAAUACUGCCUUGGUUUGCGACCCAGAUCGAGCUCUUGACAGAUUUCCUCACCGACUCCUUCAAUUCCGGGCGUGCCAUGGCUCUCAUGUCGUUGAGUGGCAUAUUUCAUCUGAUGACUGCGAAGAACCUGGACUACCCCGACUUCUACACGAAACUUUACAGCCUGCUUGACGAGGACGUCUUGCAUAGCAAGCACCGAAGCCGCUUCUUCCGCCUUCUCAAUACCUUUAUGAAUUCCUCUCAUUUGCCAGCAGCCAUGGUCGCGAGCUUCAUCAAACGACUGUCCCGGCUAGCGUUGCAGGCGCCACCAGGUGCAAUUGUCUGGACUGUGCCAUGGAUCUACAACACCCUCAAGCAGCAUCCGCCAUGCACAUUCAUGCUGCAUCGACCAUACCAUCCUUCUCACACGAUCUACUCCUUGAAUCUCAAAUACGAAGAGGAGGGCAUGGACGAUCCAUUUGACAUGAAGCAGCCAGAUCCGAUGCUCACCGGUGCCAUCGAUUCGAGUUUAUGGGAACUCGAGACGUUAACGAAUCACUUCCAUCCCAACGUGGCAACGCUUGCGAAGAUCAUGGGCGAGCAGUUUACAAAGCGCGACUACCAGCUGGAGGACUUUUUAGACCAUUCGUAUGGGUCACUUAUUGAGGCUGAGCUGGGGAAGGACAUGAAGAAGGUUCCUGUCGUAGAAUGGGAUAUACCGGCCCGCAUUUACUUCGACAAGGAGAGUGGUGCGUUGAAUGAGGUUGGCUCACUCUUGCAAAACGCUAUGGAAAGCAUGUGA